AUGUGUUCGGCUUCCUCAGACAGGGUGCUUGCAGCAACCACUGCAGUGACCGAUGUUGAAAUGUUACGUCUGCCGUCUGAUGUGCGCGAACGUUUAGCUGAACUCGAACUUGAACUCUCUGAAGGUGACAUAACGCAAAAAGGAUAUGACAAAAAGCGACAACAGUUAAUAGCACCAUUUAUGAAUGUGCAGAUUAAUGGUAGUAAGAAUGCGGCGAGCCCGGCUACAAAAGCGCAUAGACGGCAUCAACGAAGACUUACACGCGAUGAGUCUCGUUUUCAUUCAGAAAUUCGUGCAGAAGCUGUGCAGCAGGCAUUGGCUGAAUAUUCGCAAGGUAAGAAGGAACGCCCAAAUAUCCUGCAGCCAAUAAAGCGCCGUGGAGUUGCUGAAUCGAGCAAUUGUGGUAGAAGUCGUUUAUCUGAAAGUAGUUCAGAAGAGGAAAGUUUGCUGGGUAGUACGGAACGCAGCAAGGGAACAACUGCAUCAUCGAGGUCUCGAUCGUUGAGUGAUCGUUGCAACAAACGUGGAACAACCGAUGCGUCGCGAUCUUCUCGACAGUCAUUGCAUGCUCCACCUCCAGACGUUACGAGUGGUGCGUCGAUAGCUGAAUCUCUUAUCAAAAGAGAUAAACAAAGGCGAUCGUCAGAAGAAUGCGGUAAAAUAGUGAGAUCGUCAAGCGAAUUGGAAACGAGCGCAGUAGACGUUGGUAUUGAUGCAGUUACUGCAGUAGCCGAAGAUGUUGUAUAUGCGAAUACAGUCAAUACAGCCUCUCCGACGGCACUGUGCGAUGCCACCCAGCAGGACUACCAAAAUGCGAUUAUACGCGGUGCAUCUCACGCACAUUAUCAUGCGUCCAGAUAUCGUUACUUCACAUCCAGACGUUUAUCACGUCAUCAUGUCUCGCACAGUGAAGAUAUCAAAAAAGUCAAAUGCGAAUAUGAUCGUCUGUUGAAAGAACGUUUAAAGAAUAGCGGUAAGACAGCUGCCGCAACUGCUCUUAGCGUUUUGCAUCUACAGCAACACAAUAAAUGUAGCAAUAUUGUGCAUACUGAUGCAAUUAAUUCGUUACAAAUACGUUCGUUCGAUGAGAAGUCAUUAAGGAAUCAUCAUAAAUUUUCUAUGCAUCUAUUUCAUUUAACCAGUGGUUUCGACAAUCAAUAUUUAACGCGUUAUCCCCAGCAACAACAGCGUUCUUUUCACUUAACUCAUCCUAAAUGCGCGCAAAAGACAUCUAAUCUAAAAGAAAGCAAGCAGCAAGCAACAUCCGAUGACACUGUUGGUCAUAGCGGAUGUUCAUUGACGAAUACGAACGCUGUUCAUCUAAUAGCAUCAAAUUUGAAUAAUAAUUAUCUGAAUGUUCCAAGAAACGAGCCAUUGAGAGAGGUAUCGAAUGAGAAACGCGAUGAGGCAGAAAUAAUCAGAAGCGCAAUCGCAGAUGCCAUUACUGAAGUGAGUGGCAGCAAACCGGGAUGGGCUAAUCAAAGCAAUAACGACAAUUCAAUACCAGCUUCAGGCUCAUUUCGAUCAGCACCGCCAACUUUAUUAAGAAAUAAUCAGCGCAGAAAUGUUGACAAUUGGAAUGAAUGUAGUGUUGAGUCUGUUGAGGUCUUACUUGAGUCUAUUCGACGUUCGGUUGCAAAGCAAGCAUCGAAUGAUGCACGCCGAAAGUCGUCGACGAUCCUUACGACCGGUGCAUCAGUUGUUUUGAGACAUCAUAAUCCAUUGCCAAGCGAAUUGAAUGAGGAUGUGGUACAGCAUGAUUUUGUCGAAGAGGAACUUUGCGCCUACAGAAGGGUGGCUGUUCUUGGUUUGGGGCGAAAAAGUAGAAUACAAGUGGGACAAUUGGAAUGUUCGAAGCAAUUCUCUAAUGCCAAUAUUCUAAAACUAUGCCGAACGUUUUCAUUGCAGAGGCCAAAGAAGAAACCUCUUCACGAAUACUAUAACGACGAUGAUGCUGAACUUGAAGCUCUCGCUAAAAUAGUCGAUCCAUCCGCACCACGUCCCGAAGGGGCACUGAUUAGUCCUGCUCGAGGUGAUCAUACGACUGUGCCAAGCAGUCUACCACGUUCACUCGAUUCAGCCUUACAUCGAUAUGCCACAUCCCAACCGAAGAUGCUCGCCGCUAUCGUACUUGAUCAUUCAGGCAGACCUGCAUAUUCCCUCACCUACGGGAAGUUGUUGAGUCGUUCUAUGAAGGUUGCGCAUAUGCUAUUGACUAGACUUGUUCCCGGUACGGCAGGUAAAGAUCGAGUGCGUUUAUGCAAAACAGGAGAUCGUGUUGCUCUUGUUUAUCCUAACACGGAGCCAUUAUCCUUUUUGGUCGCUUUUUACGGGUGUCUUAUCGCUGGCGUCAUACCAGUACCCGUCGAAGUUCCACUCUCUAAACGUGAUGCUGGAAUCCAGCAGUUGGGCUUUCUUUUAGGGAGUUGUGGUGUGAAGGUAGCGUUGACGUCUGAUGCGUGCUAUAAAGGCCUUCCGAAACGUUCUUCAUCUCAACAAACGAAUACCUCAACUGCUGCGUUGGCUGGUAGUGAAGUUGUCGAUUUUAAAGGAUGGCCAAGAUUAGUUUGGCUAAUCACUGAGCAUUUGGCUAUGCUGGCACAUUGCAGGUCACUCACAGUAACGAUGGGUUACAAAGAAUUUGAAACGAUAGUCUCUGUUUUGGAUUUCAAAAGAGAAGCGGGUCUUUGGCAUUCGGUUUUAACGAGUGUUUUCGUUGGUUUGAGAGUGAUCUUUGUGCCAUAUUCAUUGAUGAAGAUAAAUCCAGCAUCGUGGAUGUUAAUGGUCACACGAUAUCAAGCGAAAUGUGCUUUGGUGAAAUCUCGAGAUCUGCACUGGGGUCUAUUAGCAACUCGAGAUCACAAAGAUAUAAACUUGUCAUCGCUACGUAGCGUGCUUGUUGCUGAUGGAGCGAAUCCAUGGUCUCUAUCAUCGUGCGAUCAGUUCGCUAGUGCAUUCCAAUCCAAGGGUCUACGGCCAGAUGCUCUUUGUCCAUGUGCGGGAUCUUCAGAAACUGGAACAAUUUCCGUUAGAAGGCCUUCGACGACCGAUUCGGCCAGUAAUACUGCUCGUGGAGUUCUUUCUAUGUUGGCUUUAAGUCAUUCGGUGGUGCGUGUGGAUCAAGAGAAUUCACUCACAUCACUUACCCUUCAGGAUGCAGGACAAGUGAUACCAUCUGGGGCUGCCGUAGUGGUGAAGGCAACUGGCCAACCAAAAUUGUGUCGUGCCGAUGAGGUGGGUGAGAUAUGUCUCUGCUCACACAGUACGGGUUCUGCAUAUUGGGCUCUCGAUGGCAUUUCAGCCUCUACUUUCAAGGUAGAGCCACUUGGUGUUGAUGACAGACCGCUUGGACCACUCACCUAUGUACGAAGUGGAUUGCUCGGCUUUCUUGGGCCGAAUGGUUUGGUUUUUGUGGUUGGCAGUCGGAGCUCGCAAAUGUUCGUUUCGGGACGUCAGCAUAGCGCGGACGACUUGAUUGCCACUGUUCUAGCAGUUGAACCGAUGAAAUUCAUUUAUCGAGGCAGAAUUGCGAUCUUUUCGGUGUGCGUGUUGAGGGAUGAACGAAUUUGUAUUGUUGCUGAGCAGAAGCCGGGUGUUUCUGAGGAGGAUUCAUUCAGUUGGAUGAGUCGUGUACUGCAAGCGAUCGAUAGUAUUCAUCAAGUAGGUAUAUACUGUCUCGCUCUUGUAUCGCCAAAUCACUUACCAAAGACACCAUUGGGUGGCAUUCAUGUAUCGGAGACAAGACAGCGGUUCCUCGAUGGUAAUUUGCAUCCAACCACACUGCUCAUGUGUCCACACAGUUGUGUGGUGAACUUGCCCAAACCACGCGAGCAACAAUCCGAUGUCGGUCCAGCGGCGAUGUUCGUCGGCAAUAUUGUGCAAGGCGUUCGCAUUGCGGGUGCAAAAGGUCGUGAUGUGGGACCCGACGAGGAUAAAGUCAGUUAUAAACACUAUUUGAUUCAGUGUGCACCUAUGAUAUGCAAGCAAUUGAACAAUGACUUUCAGUCGUGUUUAAUCGAUGUGUUACGUCAACGAGCUCACACGUCACCAGACCACGUGCUCUUCACGCAGAUGAAUGCUCGUGGCGCUGAGGUAUUGAGUGUGACAUGCUUGCAAUUGUUACGUAGAGCUGAACGUAUCGGUGCGUUACUCCUUGAUAAAGGUCAUCUGAACGUUGGUGAUCAUGUAGCACUUAUAUUUCCACCUGGAAUUGAUCUCAUCGCUGCUUUUUACGGGUGUCAAUCAGCUGGUUUGGUACCAGUUUGUAUCCGUCCUCCGCAUGCAAACAAUCUACAAACCACACUGCCAACAGUGCGUAUGAUUGUGGAUGUAUCAAAAGCUGUUGCUCUUCUAUCCACGUCAGCAAUGAUUAAAUUGAUUAGGUGCAAGGAGGCAUCCAUUCGCGUUGAUGCCAAGGCUUGGCCGACGAUUCUCGACGUUGAUGACGUACCAUCAUCAAGUAAGAGAAAAACGGAAAUGGAUAACCUUGAACAUAAACCAACUGAUGUUUGCUAUUUAGAUUUUUCGGUGAGUACAACGGGUCAGCUAGCAGGUAUAAAGAUGAGUGCAAGUGGUGCAGCUGCAUUGUGCAGAAGUUUGAAAGUUGCGUGCGAAUUGUAUCCCUCCAGGCAUAUUACCCUGUGUCUUGAUCCGUAUUGCGGGCUUGGCUUCAGUCUUUGGUGUUUGUCGAGCGUUUAUUCGGGUCAUCAUUCCGUUUUAAUUCCUCCUUCAGAGGUCGAACAAAAUCCAGCUUUGUGGUUGACAAUCGUAUCACAGCAUAAAGUGCGUGAUACAUUCUGUUCAUACGGUGUUAUGGAGUUAUGUGUUCGUGAACUAGCACCUCAGAUCUCGAUCUUGAAAGAGAAAGGUGUUUCUCUAUCGUGUGUUCGAACAUGUGUAGUUGUAGCCGAAGAACGACCACGAGUGUCUUUAUGUACAGCGUUUACAAAACUUUUCUCGCCGCUUGGACUAAAUGCACGCGCAGUGUCGACCUCGUUUGGUUGUCGGGUGAAUACAGCGAUUUGUAUGCAAGGAGCAGCUAGUCCAGAUCCAGCAACAGUUUAUGUGGAUGCACGUGCAUUACGCAACGAUCGUGUCACACUCGUCGAAAAGGGUGCUCCUCACAGUAUCGCAUUGAUGGAAAGUGGCAAGCUUCUGCCAGGCGUAAGUGUGGUUAUCGCUAAUCCGGAGACCAAAGGUCAAUGUGCCGAUUCGCAUUUGGGUGAAAUUUGGGUGGCUGGUCCGCAUAAUGCUGUCGGCUACUUCACUGUUUAUGGUGACGAAACCUCACUACAUACGGAUCAUUUCAAUGCCAGGCUUACCACUGGUGAUACACGAACAAAAUAUGCACGAACCGGCUAUCUUGGUUUUUUGCGACAGACACAAUCUAUUACUGCCGAUGGAGAAUUGCACGAUGCUGUAUUUGUUGUGGGCGCUCUGGACGAGACGUUGAUGUUACGUGGAAUGCGAUACCAUCCGGUUGAUAUUGAAGCGAGUGUCAUCAGAGCACAUAAGAAAAUAAUGGAAUGUGCGGUGUUCACCUGGACACAUUUACUGGUUGUUGUUUCUGAAACAGAAGGCUCCGAGCUAGAAGCGUUGGAUCUGAUACCAGCAAUCACUUCUGCUGUUCUUGAGGAACACCAUCUGAUCGUUGGCGUAGUGGUGAUUGUUGAUCCGGGCACUGUACCGAUCAAUAGUCGUGGCGAAAAACAGCGAAUGCAUCUGAGAGAUGCGUUCUUACACGAUCAACUUGAUCCAAUAUAUGUGGCGUAUAAUAUGUAA